CUCGUUGAAAAUCGAGAGUAACCCUUUUGCCGAUGUACUUGGCCACCAUAGAGGGCCUCCUGUCUUACAUUUUCUCCAUCAUUCAAAAUGGUGGAUCCGUGCAUUGGAUAUCACUUGGUAUGGGAAUAUUGAUGACCUAUUCGCUAUUUUAUCGCAUAUACCUUCACUCGAAUCCCUCAAAUGCUCUAUCGAGUUCAACCUGGCUUUUCUUCAGGAGAUGAAGUCCCCGCUGUCGUUGGCUCCGAAUUUGCAUACCUUUGCUCUGCGAUACCACAACGUCGUUCGUUUCCCGCAUGUCAGACUCAGCCUUGACAUGAUCGAGUCGAGGCUCGCAGGUGGAAUUCUGAAGCGCGCAAGCAUUCACCCCGUAGGAAAGACCUCCAUCAAAAUGUUCGAUGAGCGUCUGGCCGCCAUCAAUGCUACGCCGGAUGUUAAAGUCUGGCUUGAGGACGACAGUGGAUCAUACGCAGAGCUUGUGAUGCCCCCUAUUGCUGGGGAGGAUUAUGAUGGCGAUAUCUAUAUGCUGCAAGUUAAUAGCGGUCUGGUGACAGAGGAUGAUCUUCUAUGAGAGCAUCGUUGAUGUUCUUUUUCUGGACGCGUUUAUUUUCUCAAAGAAUGAUGUAUAUAUAAUCUACUAUAAACCAAUGUUGAUGCGUUACUUAUGAGUCCGACAUGACUGAUAGAAGCUAACUCGAUGUUAUAUCAACCAAAUAGUUGCCUG